AGGCACAGAAGACUUAUCGUCAUAGACGGUCCCAUAACACUUGGACAAUAUUCCAUAUAGCUAUCAAAUUCAGGACUCACCUCAAGAAACUGACAACAUCCCAGUUUUCCCUCACCAUCCCCUUUCUCUUCCAAUCCAAAGCUACUCCGUAAAUCACCAAAAUAAAAAUAAAUAAAAAAUGGCAGAGGCUGUGUUCGUUUUCGUAUCCGUCUUCACACCCGAUCUCCAAGAAAAGUUGAACUUGUUGGGCGGGGUACGGGAAGACAUCGAAUACAUAAGAGGCGAAUUCGAGCGCAUGACACAUUUCCUGAGAGUUGCAGAUGCCAUAGAAGAUAAAGAUCCGAACAUCAAAGCAUGGGUGAAGCAAGUUCGUGAAGCUGCAUAUGACACUGCAGAUGCUCUUGACAUGUGCACGCUUCGCCUCAGAUCUAGACAUCAUCAUAGCACCAAAUUCCGCGAGUUUGUAAGUAAGGUUUCUUUCUUUAUUAAGACUUUAAAAGCUCGCCACCAAAUUGCUUCUGAAGUAAAAAGAAUCAAGUCCAGAAUCAUCAGUAUUUUUGAGGGUCAUCAGCGAUAUAGUGCCAUAUAUGGCAAAAUAGAGCAAGGCUCAAGCUCUACUCAUUCAGACAUCACAUGGUAUGAUUGUCGUGGUGAUGCCCUUCUACUAAAAGAAGUUGACCUUGUGGGUAUUGACAAGCCCAAAUCACAAUUGAUUCAAUGGCUGGUGGAUGAGGAUCCUCAACUCAAGGUGCUUUCUGUAGCAGGUAUGGGUGGAUUGGGCAAAACCACCCUUACAAAAAAAGUCUACGACGACACAAGAGUAACGACACACUUCCAAAAUCAUGCUUGGAUCACCGUUUCUGAAUCAUUCAAGGUCGAAGAGCUUUUAAAACACAUUAUUCGAGUUCUCUUUGAAGAAUUCAAGCAACCACCCCCACGAGGAGUGGGCAGUAUGGAUGCAAAUAGCUUGAAAGGUAUAAUUAAUGCAUUUUUGCAACAAAAGAGGUAUGUGCUUGUUUUUGAUGAUGUAUGGAGUAUUUAUGCAUGGCAAGUUUUAAGAAUCGUACUUCCUGAAUGCAAUUGCGGCAGUCGUGUAAUUCUGACAACAAGAAAUGCAGAUUUAGCAUCUUUUGCUAGCGAAGAAUAUCAUGGCAUGGUGUAUAAUCUCCAGCCCCUGCCUCCCAAAGAGUCAUGGGCCUUAUUUUGCUCAAAAACAUUCAAGGAAAAUUCUUGUCCUUCAUAUUUGGAAGAUCUUUCUAAAAAAAUCUUGGCAAAAUGCGAGGGGUUACCACUUGCAAUAGUAGCAAUUAGUGGUUUGUUAUCAACAAAAGAGAAGAGUGCGGAUGAGUGGGAGAGAAUUUAUCGCGGCCUUGGUGCAGAACUAGAAGGAAAUGACAAACUCAUGAGCUUGACUAAGAUAUUGUUCCUCAGUUUCUUUGGUUUGCCUUACUAUCUUAAGUUAUGUUUCUUGUACUUGAGUAUUUUUCCAGAAGAUUGUCUCAUUGAUUACUGGAGAUUAAUUCGGUUGUGGGCGGCGGAAGGAUUUAUAGAAGUGAAAGAAGGAAUUACAAUAGAAGAAGUUGCUGAGGGCUACCUGAAUGAGCUAAUGAACAGAAGUUUAGUUCAAGUGACACACAUCACGAUAGAUGGAAGGUUUAGAGCUUAUCGGAUCCAUGACCUUUGGCGUGAAAUGAUAAUUGCGAAGUCAAGAGAUCAAAACAUUGUCACAAUCACAAGUGAAAGAGGCGGAGCGUGGCCUGAGAAAUUGCGGCGCCUCUCAGUCCACCAUAAUUUGGAAGAUAUUCAGCAAGACAUUUGUUUCACUCGCCUUCGUUCUUUACUCGUGUUCAGCGCAACAGAUGCGUUGUCCAUGUUGUCAACUAUUGCACCCUUAGGCAAGGGUGUAAGGCUACUAACGGUGUUAGACUUGAGAGGAGCACAACUGAAAACAUUCCCCCAUGAAAUUGUGAACCUCCUUAAUCUUACUUAUCUAAGUUUGAGGGCGACGAAUAUAAAAACGAUCCCGAAAUCGAUUGGAAAGCUCAAGAAGCUAGAAAUAUUGGAUCUGAAAGAAACAAAUGUCACCGAGUUGCCUGAUGAGAUCUUAAAGCUCCAGCAUCUUCGCCAUCUCUUGUUGUAUCGCUACGACAACGCCCAUUGUUAUUUUCCUUUUGGUGAUUCAAUUGGCUUCAAAGCCCCUGCGGGAAUAGGAAGUUUGUUGUGCUUGCAGAAACUAUGUGGUGUUGAUGCAAACGAAGGGAAUAAUAGUGGUAUUGUGCUAAGAGAGGUGGGGAAGCUAACUCAACUGAGGAGAUUGCUCAUUACAAUGCUACAGAAGGAAGAUGGGACUAUGCUAUGUUCUUCCCUUGAGAAGCUAAAGAACCUUCGCUCGUUGUACGUUGCGGCAACAAAAGAAGAUGAGAUCAUUGAUUUAGAUUCUUUGUCUUCACCUCCUCAACUUCUUCAAAGACUCUAUCUAAAAGGACGUUUGGAGAAGAUUCCGCACUGGAUACCAUCUCUUCACAACCUGAAAAGAUUAUUGUUAGGGUGGUGUAAGUUAAAAGAUAUUGAUCCACUGCAAUCCCUUCAAGAUUUGCCCAAUUUGCUUCACCUUGGACUUGCUACUGCAUAUGAAGGAGAUGGAUUAUUUUUCAAGGCUGGUGGAUUUCAAAAACUUAAAGAAUUGUGGUUGGUUCGCUUAGCAGGAUUGAAAUGGGUGAGAGUGGAGUCUAGCUCGAUGCCUCUGCUUAAAAAUCUAUAUCUCCAAGACUGUAAAUCGAUGAUGGAGUUGCCCUCAGGUGUUGAACAUUUGGCCAACCUUCAAUAUCUUGACUUGACUGAUAUGUCUGAAACAGUAAUUUCGAGCUUGAAUAGAGACUUACAAGGUGGGGACUAUUGGAAAAUUGCACACGUCCCUAGGGUUUGGAUUGGGGAGGACCGGUCAUCAGUUACAAGCUUGACUGAUAUGUCUAGACAGUCUGGUUAUUGGACCGGUCGUUAUCUAUGAUAUGGUAGAACAAGAGGGGAUGAGGAUUUUCGAGAUUGGUUUAUCCCCGCCACUGAUGUGCCCUGUUUUUCUCAUAGUAUUUUUUUGGCGUUUGUGAGAGCUUGAAAACUUGUUUGAUGUAAUCAGGUUGACAGAAUUUAGAAGUUCAAAGUAUGCCUUCG